ACGAUGUCUCCAAAGACACCUGAAGAAAGAGAACAGAUGAGUCAUAUACCUUAUGCAUCAGCUAUUGGUAGCAUUAUGUAUGCAAUGUUAUGUACAAGACCUGAUGUGGCUCAUGCACUUAGUGUAACGAGAAAAUAUCAGUCUAAUCCAGGUGAAGAACACUGGAAAGCCGUUAAGAUGAUUCUUAAGUACUUACGAAGGACUAAAGAUAUCUUUAUGGUAUACGGCAAUGGAGAAUUGAAACUAGAAGGCUUUACUGAUUCUGGUUUUCAGUCCGAUAAAGACGACUAUAAAUCCAUGUCUGGAUACUUAUUUACUUUGAAUAGAGCAGCAGUUAGUUGGAAAAGUUCCAAACAAGAAAUGAUUGCUGACUCUGCAACAGAGGCUGAAUAUAUUGCUGCAUCUGAUGCUGCAAAAGAAGCUAUUUGGAUAAGGAACUUCAUCCAAGGAUUGGAUGUACGGGCACAUGAGGUGGAGAGUUGUCUCAUUCCUAUCACGUCAGUUCCCUCGAAUUACCAUACUUCUCAGCCUGCCCAGACUCCUAUUCAGUAUGCUCAGCCCAUUUCAUCUAUGUCGCCCGGCUUUAGCUCGGGCAAUAAGAAAAAAGGAAAGAAGGGGAAUUUCGGAAAGUGCGACAAUCGUCCCACAGGGAAUCAAGCCUGCCCGAGAUGCAGCAAAUCCCAUAGCGGCGAGUGUCUAGCGAAUCAGCGCACUUGUUUCAACUGCAACCGCCCGGGUCACUAUGUCAAUGUCUGUCAUGAGCCGAAUAGACAGCAGCAGCAACAGCCGCUUUACCCUCAGCAGCAGCAGCUUCCCCCAUCGCCACCUCAUCAUCAGCAGCAGCAGCAGCCCCCACUGUUCCAACAUAGGGCUGGGGAUCAAGCCCGCGUCUAUACCAUUACCCACGAUGAGGCCGCGCGCAACACAGGUACUAUGUCCGAAAUGCUUUCUAUCUCUAACGUGCCUGUCUUUGCAUUAUGCGGUACUGGUGCCACCCAUCCUUUUUUCUCUUCUCGUUGCUUGGAGGCCUUAUCUAUUAGCACUGUGAGUUCUUGUGAUCCUCUCGAGGUUAGUCUAGCCUCGGGAGAAAUUAUUAUCUCCGAUUCAUUAGUUCGUGAUCUUCCUGUUUCUAUCGGCGGUCGAGUUUUG